AGGCGCCUCAUUACGGCCAGCUGGGCCGAAGCUGCGCAGCUUUUUGUCUUGUGACAUGCAGAGGUCUGUGCAAUGAGGAGAGGCCAGCCGCAGAAAACAUCCCUUGGGAAGCCACAGAUGUCUCCGUCCCGCGCUCGGAGUCCAAAGUCUCCUGCAAGUGCCCGUAGCAGGUCAUCGUCUCCGCUGAACAGAGAAGGGAUCCACCAGCCAACUGGGCGAAGAUAUCAAGGAGAGGUAGAUCAAGAAAGCGAUACAGAUGGCAGUCCAGGUAUCCGGUACAUAACAGAGCCUCUUAUUAAGAAGCUGGCCAAGCAAGAGAAUCUGCCACGCGUGACUGCUCUGAACCUUUCCCUCAGUAAAGAUGGAGGGAAGAAAUUUAAGUACAUAGAAAAUCUGGAGAAAUGCAGUAAACUGGAAGUCCUAAACCUCAGUCAUAAUCUGAUUGAAAAGAUCGAAAAAUUGGAUAAACUUCUGAAGCUAUUAGACCUCAACCUCUCUUUCAAUAAAAUAAGUAAAAUAGAAGGUAUUGAACAUUUACACAGUCUUCAAAAGCUGAAUCUGGCUGGGAAUGAGAUUGAACACCUCCCUAUGUGGCUGGGGAAAAAACUCCGAUCCCUCCGCAUCCUGAAUUUAAGAAAAAAUAAAAUCUCAUCACUCUACGAAGUAGCCAAACUGAAGCCUCUUAAAGAUUUGACUUCUCUGUUGCUGGCAGACAACCCAGUGGUCAACCUGCCUCACUAUCGUCUCUAUACCAUCUUCCAUCUGAGGUCAUUGCAGGAUCUGGAGGGGCAGCCGGUGACAAAUUGUGACAGGGAAGAAGCCCUUGAAAGAUUUAAUUUAGAAGAGGUAGAACACCUAGAACAUAACCUGGAACAGAUGACCAAGGAGAUGGAACACUUGCAGAACAAACAGUCUGAUUUGCUAGAGCAGAUCCAGCAACAAGAGGAGCAGAAUAAAUCCUUAAAGCAGAAGCAAGACCAGCAGAAACAGAACCACAAAGACCUGGAGACUGAGCUGGAAACCAAAAACGAGUUGCUGAAGCAGAAAACCGUGGAACUGACUCGAGCUUGUCAGAAGCAGUAUGAGCUGGAACAAGAACUGGCCUUCUAUAAAAUUGAUGCCAAAUUCGAGCCGUUGGGCUAUUAUCCCAUGGAGGAUGUCGAAUUUGACAACGUACCGGGCGAAAGUCCUUACAUCGGGAAGGCCAGGUACAAAAGGAACAUGUUUGCUGUGGAAGGUUACAUCCCCAGGAAGGCUCAGCAGAUGCAGAUGGGAAACCUGGAACAGGAACCAGAAGCCCAGCAGCUGAAACAGAAUCUGCUUCAGUCGCUCGAUAAACAGCUUGAGGAAAAAGAGAGGAAGAUUAAAGAAGCCCAGGAACAAUUGGCCACACUGCACAAUGAAGUCGCAAAGGCAGAGCAACAGGUCUUAACAGUCACCGAGGAACUUAAACAAGUCCAAGAUGCUGUUGGGCAGAAAAAGGCAUCUGAAGCAGAAAAGGAUUGUUUUCGGCACCAGCUAAGCAACAAGAUACGUCUCCUACAUCGUUUACAAGAAGAGGCUCUGGAACUAGAGAGACAGAUGCAAAAACAGCGCCAAGAAAUGGCGGAAAAGGAAAAGGAACUAGAAGGCUUGCAAAGUUUCCUAGAUUCUCUGGAUCCUAAAGACCCAAGACACGCUCAUAUGAAGGCCCAGAAAGCAAGCAAAGAGCAGCAACUGGACAUGAUGAGGAGGCAUUAUAAGCAACUGGAAAGCCGCCUGGAUGACGUGCUGUCCCGGAUCGCAAAUGAAACCGAGGAAAUCCGGGAUUUGGAGCAACAGCUUACAGAUGGCCAGAUUGCAGCCAACGAAGCCCUGAAGAAAGACUUGGAAGAAGUGAUCCUAGGAUUACAGGAAUACCUCAAGAACGUUAAGACUCAGACGAAGCAAGCCACCGACGAGUGCAAAGAGCUGCGGAAGGAGAAGGAAAGUUUGUUGAAAAAAUUGGGGGAAAUAGAGGAGGAGAGGAACCAGUUGGAAAUAGUGGCCAUUGAUGCUGAAAACCUGAGAAAGGAAACUGCGAACCUGGAACGGGCUCUCCAACAGCAGCGUGAACUCAAUGAAGCCUUGCAGGAAGCCCAAGGAGAAAUCAGUGCUUAUGAGGCUGAGCUGGAAGCUGAGCUGAAGGCCCGAGACACUGAAGCCAGCCAGCAGAAAGAAGAGCUCGAGAACUUAAAGCAGAUUAUUCAGGUGGAACAGUCUGCCCUCCAAGCCCAGCUUGGCAAGGAGAGGCUAGCCCUGGAGAAUGCCUUGGCCAAAGCACAAUUGUGUGAAGAGAAGGAACAGGAAAAUAAUCAGCUGCUCUCCCAACUCAACCAGCUGCAGAAGGACAAUCACCUCUUGAGGCAGCAGCUGAAAGACACGCAGGAGCAAAUGAAUCACGCAGCCGAUAGCUUAAUUCAUCCCGAGGAAAUCUCAGCUCGUGUGAACGAACUCAAACAAAAGCUGCGGACUGGGGCAGAAAUCAGGUGCCAUAACCCAAAGGACGUUUUAGGGAAGAGCCUUGCCGAGCUGCAGAAACAGUUUGUGGAGCUCUUAGCUCGUUCCCAGCAAGAAAAUGAGUCUGUCCAGGCCAGAGAGAGAGCGCUCCAAAAACAGAUGGCUACUCAGCGGGCUGAGCUGGAAGAAGCCCAAGAAAAGUAUAAACUGGCCUGCAACAGAGCUGCAGAAGCCAAAAUUAAAUCUGAGAGAAGGCAGAAUGAAGCCAGAGUUCAACAGCUAGAGGGGGACAUCCAACAUCUCGUUGAAAAAUUGAAGAGCCUGGAAGAAAUUCAGGGUCUCACCGAUCAACAGCUCCAAGAAGUCGAUGAGGAGAAAGAACAGAUCCUUGCUGAGCUGGAAGACUUGGAGAAUAAGAAAAAAGUGGAAGAUGCGAGGGCCCAGCUGCAGUUCCACAGCCUCAGCCAGGAGCUGAAGGCCUUAAAAGAAGCCAUUUCCGCUUCCGAUAAGCAGGCCACAGCCCAACUCUGCGCAGCCAAAGAUCAGCUCCAGUCGCUUCACGGAACCGUCUGCAAGAUUAAUCAGGAACGUACCGAGGAGCUUCAGGAGGCCGAGAGGUUCUGCCUGCAGGCCACCCAAGCAGCUAAGGACCUGGCCAGAGCAGAAACAGAAAUAGGACUUUUGCAGAAGCUUCUCAAAGAAAAGGAGGUGCAGUUAGAACUGGGGAAAAACGACGCCGAGAUGGCGGCCUUGCGGUUGCAAAAGGAAGAGUUGGAGAAGCUGAACGAACUUCUGAAACGGCAGAAAGCAGAAACUGACCGGCUCCGCGGAGCCUUAGAUCAAGUUAAAAAAGGCAACAGGGCUGAAAUUGAAGGCAUACUGGGGGAAAUCGAAGGACUCCAACGUACGAUCUCUCAGCAGAACGAGACCAUCGCUAACUUCGUGACUCCACUCCACCGGUGUCAGCCUCUGUUCUUUGUGCCGUCAUCCUCCCAAGCAUCUACUCCCGCAUCUCAGAGCACCAAAGAUUCGGGCAUUAUUUUACAGUGUCCCGUGUCGACUCCCAUCCUCAAACAGGACAGGAAGCUCGCCGAAAGCAAGAAAGCACAUUAUCCUGCUUCAAGAGAGUGCUGCAUGCACAGCUCAGCCCAGGCUGGCCUGCAGGAACCUUCCUCUAUCAGGCACCAAGGCGAGGGUGAAACCCUGCCCAGCACUGCUCCUUGUGUUCUGCCUCCUGGAUCCAUCAUUUAUACCCUGCUGCCGGAUGGCAAACCAGUGCCUCAGGGGACGGUGUUGUACGGUCUACAACCUCUCUCCACACAAGCCAUCGGAGGCCCGGUUGCUCCCACGACAGUCGUCUACGGCUCACCUCCCGCUGGAAUCCAGCUGCAUUAUGGUUUCCUUCCCGCUAACUAUUCCGUGCCGUUGGUUCCCCUGGGAAUCCUUCACUGCAACAUCCCUGACCACCGAGACUUGGUAAGAGGCUCUAAUGACGCCUUUGGUCUCCAUCUUUGGCAGGAAAAUGAUAUCAUAAGGCUAGAAGACAGCAUAGAGGCGCUGAGGUCUCAGCGACACCAAGAGGGGUCCGCAAGGACUUCUCGUGAACCCAAUAACGAGACGGAAGAGCUGAACCAGGGCAUACAGGACUUGUUGACGGAGAAAGAAGAGCUUGAAUACCAAGUGGCUGAGCUGCGGCGGGUAGCCCAGAAGAGAUAUAAGCGCAGAGAUUUUAUUGAAGGGCGUGGGGACGCCCUGACUGCCGAGCUGGAAUUGGAAGAUUCGAUCCACUGCCAUGAAAAUAUCAUGGACGAAAUUGAAUGCGUGGAAAAGACGCUUCUGAAGCGACGGGCAGAACUCAGGGAGGCAGACUGUCUUCUGGCCGAAGCUGAAACGGAGCUCGAAAACACUCGAGGAAAGACCAAAGACACUCUUCAGAAAUAUAACAGCGCUAAGCAACAUUUGUCUCGGACAGAGAAAGACGCUGAGGAGCUUGAACGACGGGCCCGGGAGACGGCUGUGAGGCUUGUGAAAGCAGAUCAGGAGUUCAGAUUGCUUCAAGCCGAUGCCCUGGAUUUGGAACAGCACAAGAUGGAACAAGAAGGAAUUCUGAAAGAAAUCAACCAAAUUGUAUCGGCGAAAGAUUCUGAAUUUCAAGUCUUGAGCCAGAAGAUAGAAAUAUUGACUGAGAGCCUUCAGAAGCUGCAAACCGACAUCCAGGUUGCAGGAGGCAAUGAAGAUCACCACCUUCAGAUCCUUAAAGAAGCAGAGGACAUCCUUCUGAGCAAAAAGCACGACCUGGAGAGGUUGAAAGAUCAGACUGCCGUACAGCAGCAUGAGCUACACGCGGUGGGCAGAUUGCUUGAUCAGAAAAGGGCCGAGAUGCGCCUCCUCCAAGACAGCAUUGCUGAGAAAAACGCCAACUUUGCAGACGCUCUCAGGGAUGGAGAGGCAGAGAUAACUGAAAAACGGCAGCUAAUAAAGGAAACGAAGACUUUUCUAGAAGACCUGAGUGUUCAAAAGGGAGAACUCAACGCCCAGCUAAGUGAGAAAAGAUCCCAGCUUUCUCUCGUAAUGCAGAAUAUCCGAAAAGAAGAAACAAAGCUACAGGAUAUCUUGGGGCUGAUAAAGCAGCAUAAGACAGAACUGAAGCACAUGCUGGAAACGGCCCACCUGGGAAAAGAGGAGCUCGAAAGCCUGAAGUUUCAGCAUAACCAAAAGACAAACGAGUUGGACAAAAUUGAAAGAUUGAUUCUGGAGGAGAAGCUGGAACUGGAGAACCUCCAGCAGGCAUCCCAGCGCCAGCGAGGGGAGGUGGAGCACCAGAGGCAGCUUCUCCAGGAGGCUCAGCGGGAAGCCGAGCGGCAGACCUCUCAGCUCCAUCUUCUGCAGAACCGCGUCAAGGCCCUGAAUGAUGAGAAGCGACAGCUGGAGGCCAGGUGUGAAAGCCUGGAGGACAAAUUCACCCAGAGCAAAAGAACCUUAGCCUCCACAGAAGAUAACAAUAAAAAUAUCCUUGCCAGCACGGAGAAGUCUGUACUGGAUUUCCAAAAAUUGCAGUUUGAAAUCGACGAGCUUCACAACCAGAAAAUAGCUCUGAAUAAAGAUAUCGCUGAGCUGCAGAAGCAUUUUCACGGAAAAAAGGAGGAAUUGGACGUUUUGAAGACGGAACUGAACGACGCCAGGCGUUAUCUUCAGCUGUUGGAGCAGGACGUGAAAGAGGCCGCCGAGGAAAAGCAGCAGCUUCUCCAAGAGCAGAAGGUCCUAAAAGACACCCUCCACGAGUCUUCCAGGAAGUGCAAGGAGACCCAAGAAGCCCAGAGGGAAACGGAAAACCGGCUACACCAACUCAGCAAGGAGCUUAAGGAACAGGAGCUGAAACAGGCCAAACAAGAGACGGUCCUUCAACAUCUCGGGGAAGACGUCCUGCACGAAGAAAGAAAGUUGGCAGAGUGCGCAGACAGACUGAGGAACCAGAAACAGCAGCUGGAACAAGAGCUGGUAGAGCAGCAGGGUCACCUGGCGCAAGCUGUGGCCAAGGUCCAAGAGAUGGAAGAACGGAUCCGGAAGCUCCAGAAGGGGGAAUCCCACGUUUCAGCUCUUGAAGAAAAACUCCACAAAGCCAGGCAUCAGCUCUCCGAAAAAGAACAGAAGCUUCAGGAAAAGAUGGGGGAGAUUUCCUGCCUGCAAAGAGAACUCCACCUCUCUAGAGCCGAGGAGAGGCUGCUCCAAGAUCGGCUCCAAGCAGACCAUCUCAAAGCAGAGAAGCAAAUUGCAACUUUGAAGGAAACCAUCAAGGGUCAAAGGGACCAGCUUGAAAAAGCCCUUCAAGAACAGAAGCAAGAAAACUACGGCUUGCAGCGAGAAAUAACCUCACUGGAACAAGUGGCCCGAGAGAAUCACCAGCGGGCCAAGCGGUUGAUGAGGGACCUUGGCCGGAUCCAAGAGGAGCACGCACAACUCAAAUCACAGGUGAAGAACCAGGAGGAGCUGGAGAAACAGCAGAAAGAGCUGAAGGGCACCGUUAAGCUGGUCAGACUGGAAGUGAAGGAUAAAAUGAGGAACGGCUUGAAGGAUCUGAGCCAGUCUCCUCCAGAAUUAUUGGAGGACAGAGACGCUAACCUGGAAGUGAAGGCAAGACUUUGGAGCGACCUGGAAAGCCUGAAGGAAAACUACCCAUUCACUGAAAACAAGGCCAGGAUGCCGUACUGGGAUGAAAAGCUGGACCUCUCUAAAGUCCACAUCACAGACGAACAGUGGCGUGGAAAAGUACGCCGGGAAGAACUGCAACACCACGAAGAUCGUCUCAAGGCUCAACUCCGGCAGUGCAUGUCAAAGCAAGUGGAGGCCUUAAUUAAAGGGAAGCAGGAGACCGAGGGCACCCUGCACAGUCUGAAGAGACAAGUCGAUGCCCUGGACGAGCUGGUCAGCAGCAGCUCUACCGAUUCCUUGUUUCCGUCCUUAAACUCAUCGGGAUUCACAGAUUCUCUGCGCCAAGAGCCAAGCCUGGCAAAGAUUCAGUCCACCAGAUCCCCUUCUCCCUGGACCACUGCAGAUGCUUCAGCCCAGUCUAAAGUGAUUUAUCAGUACAAGACAUAGUUUCAACAAAGAAGAGACAAAGACUGUGCAAAAAUGGGGUUUGCGAAGCCUGUGCCAAUUGGAUGUGAAGAAUUAUGAAGACUACCUCAUUUAUUUACGAGUUUAAAGGUCUUUUGAGUCACCUCACCUGUCCUCAGUUUCCGCAUCUCUACAGCAGAAUUCUGCCGUAGUGAAAGCAACGUCAAGGUGUUUUGUAUUCCCUUUGGCGUGGAGGCGAUUCUAGGAAGAGGUGUGUCUUUCGCGCUUUUUACAUUUCUU